AGUUAGUAGUUCGACUGGACCAAGUAAUUGUACACAAUGAGUUUCUACACUUUCCUGGCUUUCUUCGCUUUCCUGGCUAUCGCCUCUGCCGCGGAAGUCCUUCAAGGACCCAGCAGCAGGACUACCCUCGUAGGACCCGAAGGCAGCGUCAUUUCCUCUGUUGCCCCAGGAGGACAAGUCGUAAGCGAACAAUUACCUGGUGCCGCAGUCUACAGUGGUCCAGUUGUAGCCCCUGCUGUAGCGUACGCAGCUCCUGGUUUAGUCGCUAGAUCAAUCUAUGGUGCCCCUUUGGUAGUUGGUUAAAAAAAUUGAACUGAACAUACGUAGUUAGUACCAUUUAUGACGAUGUAUAACAGCUAUGUAAAUAAAUUAGGCAAGUCAGUUUUAUAGAAUAAACCAUUUUUUGUAUAAUUCUCCAGUGAGUAUAAAGCCGCUACACAAUUUUUAAA